UAUUGUUUUAGGUUGAGGCUGUUGGGUUGGCAGUUAAUGAUCCGGUUUCUGUUGUUGACGUGGAUAAAGAAACCGGAGUUAAAAGUGAUGCACAAACAGAUGGAGUGCCCAUAACACCAAUCCAUUUAAAUUUUGAUGAAUCUCAGCAAACUGGCGAUAUGGAGAAUGCUAAUGCUGAAUUUACCGCAUCAGAGGAAAUGAUAGCGGACUUGCUAGUCAACUGUCCUUUAGCAUAUAUUAUUCCUCUCGGUCCUCCUCCAGUACCACGCGAUGAUCAAGCCGAUUUGUCAAGUUUAAGGACCCCUCAGAAUCCGGACGAUAACCCGAUAACGAUCUCUCAGUGGAUGAUUCCUGAUUCUCAGAUACCAAUCCAACUUGGAGUACAACCAACAACUGGACAAAGUUCAACUAAUGAAACUGAACAGCAAGUUGGAGUACAACCGAUCGUUGGACACAGUUCAAGUGAUGAAACUGGACAACAAGUUCCUGUACAACCAAAUGCGGGUCAAAGCUCAAGUGGUGAGACUGCACAGCUUUCAGACUCUGAAAAACAAAUCAUUGUCCACCCAGGGGCUGCCCGAGAAAGGAAACCAAGCAAAUACAAUCUGUCCCCUUAUUGUCACAAUUUCAAAUUUCAGCGGGUUCUUCUGCCUAAAAUAUCAGUCCUUGCAUUUAUAAAAAAAAACACCCAUUUGUUGAGCACCCUAUCAAUGCCCCGUUAG